AUGUAUAUAUUAAAACGAUGGACUUGCCGUAAAAUAUCAUUAUUUACUAUUCUUAUUUUAUUGCUUUGUUAUAUGUCAUAUUAUUAUUCAAUAACGAAAGUAAAUCAACCUUACAUUCCUAACAUUCGUAUUAGAUCUAUUGGAAAUAUUUUAUUUAAAAAAAUAUCUGUUGUUCAUUAUACAACAACAUUUGGGAAGCGUACAGAUUCUCAUUCGGAUCUUUUCAAUACAAAUUUAAAACAAAUAUGUGAAAUACUUGACCCUGAAGAAUAUCUAUAUGCUGAUAGUGCUAUUGUUUCUCUUGUUGAUUUUGUUCGGUUUCCGUCAUUAGUAAAUAAAAAUAUUUCAUAUAGAAAUAAAUAUCAAUCACAAUUAUGGUUAUUACAUAUUGAAGAAUCCCCAAGAAAUUCUUAUAGAACAGUUCAAAUGAAUAAUAUAAUUGAUCUAGAUGAUUGGUUUAAUUUAACAACAACAUUAAGACCAGAAUCUGAUCUUCAUAUUCAAUAUAAAGGAUAUCGUAUCAAACCUGAAAUAAUAAAUCUUAUUACAAAUAAAUUAAAUCUAACACAUAAUUAUCAUCCAACUGAUUCAAAAAUUUUCAAAGAAAUAAAUAUAUUUAAAAAUCAAAGUUCAAUUUAUCUAAAAACACUUGCAUCUAUUCUUAAUCAAGAAUUCAAUGAUCGACAAAAUAACUAUUUAAAGGCUUGUCCGUUUACUUGUAAUCAACCAUUAUCAAAUGAUUUAGUGCAAUCUCUUCAACCAUAUUUAAAACCAAUAAUUCCACGUAUUUUAAAUCGUGAUAUUGUUCAUAUUGCAUGGUUUGUAUCAAAUUGUGAUAGUCAUUCUGGUCGUGAAGAAUAUGUUUCUAAAUUACGUUCACAACCUGGUAUUCGUGUUGAUAUUUACGGUGAAUGUUCAUCAAUAUUUAAUAAACAUUUUGUACCAAUACAAUGUCGAAAAGGAACACCAAAAUGUAUGGAACAAACUCUAUCUAAUUAUCGUUUUUAUUUAGCAUUUGAAAAUUCGAAAUGUGAUACAUAUAUAACAGAAAAAUAUUGGAUGCAAGGUCUUAGCGGAAGAGCUAUUCCGAUCGUAUUAGGUGCUAAACGAGAACAAUAUCAACGUAUAGCAGUACCGAAUUCAUAUAUUCAUGUUGAUAAUUAUCAAACAAUUGAACAACUUGCUCACGAACUUCAUCGUUUAAAUAAAAAUGAUUCCGAAUAUAUUAAAUAUUUACAAUGGACACAAUUAUAUGAUGUAGGAGGAGAUUAUUCACCGACAGCAAGAUAUGAUAUGUAUUCCACACUUUGUUUUCUUGGUCAUUAUCAACGAUUACAUGCAAUGCAACAAUAUACUAAACAGAGAACUUAUUUACUUAGACGUAUACGUCAAAUAUUUGAUUUAGAAAAUGUACGUCUACCAAAUUUUAAUUGGGAAACAGCUCGAACUAAAUUAAUCAAAAUUAGUAAAUUUCAUAAUCCAAAAGUAAAUUGUUGGGAUAAUGAUUAUCCAACAUUUCUAAAACGUGCAUAUAAUUUUUUCUUUCUAUGGUCGAAAUUGGUUUGA